UUUAACAACAUUAUAUGCAUUGAACGCGACAUCAUACGCUUUUCAAAGAUCGUCAUACAUCAUAUUAAUUGAUAAUCAGGAUCAGCAUAUUCUUUUAGCAUCAAAAUUCAAAAAUUUGUCUUCUUCCAAGAAAUUCGAUUUUCAUACGAAACAACAUAUCCGUCGAAUUCCCGAAAAUCGCAGAAGAACAAAUACCGCUCUGCUGCAAGGAAGCUCCGCGAUGCGUCCAGUGGUAUUUUGAACUUUAGUUUAUCACUUGAUGUUACAAGACACUGGAAAACAAAUUGGGAACGAGUUCAAUUUUCUCCUUAAAAAAAAGUUGCUUGGUAUUUUCAAACACUGUUACUCUUGUACUUGUGUAGAUCGAUAACUAUGGUUUUCGUUUCAAUUUUAUUGAGCAGUUAUUCACUGUUCGUCGUCAAUCGUGACGUUGAUACUGCGCCAGGUUCUACAAGCCGAAGAACAUAAGUAUCUGCACCAAGUUUCGAGGUUUUUCGAGUCCAAGCUAGCACAUAAUCGGGCGAUAUCGAACACAGAGUAGCUCGACAAAAGUAUCAGACGGAAAUCUUUGACCAGCGCCACGAGCCGUACUAUCUUGGUUGAUAUUCUUGUUCCAAUAUUCCUUGAUUCGAGGGAAUAGUAUGUGGAUUCGUUGUGAUAAUAUGCAGCUUUUAAACUGACCACUAAAUGUGUUAGAUGAUUGAAUCACUUUUAAAAAGAAGUUAAUAAAGAUGAUCAUUGUUUCAACAGUACGAAUGUAAAUGAUGAUGGUACUUGGGGACAACUUUGACGUCGAUUGCUGAGGCACAAACUCCCGAAUUACUCAUCUGUGAUAUGCACCCUACACCAGGUUCUACAAGAAACACAAGGACAGGACUAAAGUCGUGAUCUCGAAAUUUUCUGAUUCCGUACCCACGACAACGAACAGGGUAAUACCGAGAAGUCACGAGCAGAACAAAACCACGAGCGGGAUAUCACGACAACGGACAGGAGCUAGCGCGAGAAGUAUUAUCAAUUGUUUUUCUAUAUUUCGCCUUCCGUACGUUUUUGGUUUUCUCACUCUUUUCUUUCCCUUUCGUGAUACGAGGACAUGCAUCGAUCGUGAUCAGAGGGUUUGUGACCAUGGUAUCGCGAGGCUAUGAUACUUACUUUCCGACUUACUCACUCGGGAUAUCCAUGCUGCUACAUCAGGUUCUACAAGAAGCACACGGACAGUACCAUACCAGAAUUGUGAUCCGAAAUUUUUUGAUUCCGCACCCACGACAACGGACCAACAGGGCAAUACCGAGAAGUGACGACCAGAACACAAGUACGAGCAGGAAAUCACGAUAAGGGUCAGGAGCUAUCACGAGUAUCUUCAUGUUUUUUUGUUUCUUCCCAUUUCGUGCGUUUUUGGUUUUGUGACUUUUUUCUUUCCCUUUCGUGAUGCGACGACGACCAUAGUCAGAAGGUUUUCGAGUUUUGACUAUGUAUCGCGAAGCUAUGGCACUUUCCGACUUACUCCCUCGUGAUAUCCAUGCUACUACAUCAGGUUCUACAUGCACAAGGGCAGUACCAAUAUCGAGGCUCGGAAUUUUUUGAUUCCGCACUCACAAGAAAGGCGACACUGAAAAGUGACUAGAAAAAGCAGAACAAAGCUGAUACGAGUCGGCAAUCAGGGUGAUGGACAACUAGCGUGAUUGGUACUAAUGUGAUCAUGUGCUUUGACUUCUUUCGUAUCAAUGAAGCUGCCGUUUUGUGAUUUGUCACUUUUUAUUUUGCCUUUCGCACGAACGAUCACAGCGACCAUCGUAAGGCUGUUGACUAUGGCGAGGCUAUUAUACUAGGACACUUUCGGACUUACUCACUCGUGGUCUCCAUGCUACAUCAGGUCCUACAAGCACAAGGAAACUACGAAAAGCGAGGUUCGAAUUUUUUGGGUUCCGCGCUCACAGUCGCAGAAAGGCGAUCCCGCCGAAGACCUACUAGCUCAGCAGGGAUUAUAGGAGUCGGCAAUCACAGACCAGCACCCCCACCAGUCGCACUAGUACCAUUCGUUUUGCUCUCAUUCGCAGUGAUGAAGCUCUAGUUUCUGGAUUUGUAGAGCUACUUAUAAAUAUAUGAGUGUUCCUAAAUGCAAUCUAGUACUUGGCUCGGUAUAUAUGUUCCAGGGCUCAGGGCUGAAGCCCCCCCGAUCUAAGUUUUUGAGGGGGGGGCUCCCAGCCCCGGCCCCUUUUUUCGAGGGGCUGCCGGGCGGGAAGGCCUCGAAGUGCCCACCUUUGACCCCUUCCCGCUUCUUGCCUGGACCCUGCAGCGCCACCAUGCCGGAGGCCGUUGAAGCACGGAAGGGUGGACUUGGAAGGCUUCCGAAUGUGGCAAAGGUGGCAAGGCUGGGCCCCCUUGGCGUGUUGCGUGUACCCUACGGACCCGGCGAAGGUGGCAAGGCUGGACCCCCUUGGCGUGUGGCCUGUACCCUCAAGGCUGGACCCCUUUGGCGUGUUGCGUGUACCCUACAGACCCGGCGAAGGUGGCAAGGCUGGACCCCCUUGGCGUGUGGCCUGUGCCCUCGAGGCUGGACCCCUUUGGCGUGUUGCGUGUGCCCUACAGACCCGGCGAAGGCCGCAAGGCUGGACUCCCUUGGCGUGCUGCCUGUCCCCUACAGACCUGCCGAAGGCUGCAAGGCUGGCCCCACCCCCUUGGCGUGUUGUAUGUACCCGCCAGACCUUGAGGCGCUCCUUUUCUUUCGGCUCUUUUUGCCGUUCGUCUUCCCCCACUGUGAUACGCCAGAGGCCACCGCGCCACGGGUGGGCGCUUCUCGUCGCUCGUUCGGCUCUCGUCCCUCGUUCUGCUCUCGUCCCUCGUUCUGCUCUCGUCCCUCGUGCUGGGUAGCCGGGUCGGGUGAUGCAUAAACACAGGGGGCGCCACCUGGGCAAAUUCGCAAGGCCUCAGGGCCAGCCAGGGGCUGGCCGCGUGGUGCUCGGAGGGGAACCCUCCGCACCUGAAGCGCCAGCAGGUCGGGGCCAGGUGACCGGCCUCCCCAGAUCGGGGGGGCUCCUUGCUCUCUCUCGUCCCUCGUUCUUCUCUCCUCGCUCGUUCUGCUCUCGUCGCUCGUUCUUCUCUCCUCGCUCUUCCACCACUGUGCUGCACCACAGACCAUACCACAGGGGGGGCCUCCUUCCUUGGUACAUAUAUGAAGCGUAAUCUUCGACGUGAGUGCUACUAGCGGUUUCGAUUUGAUUGGUGGGCGACGGUCAUAGGGAAUACUUAAUAAUACAAUCACGCCCAUAACGCUCUACAGCGUCGUGCUGACCGCCCUGACCGGAGAGACUGGAGCACGAUAGAAGCGUCGAGGCUUCUCAAGUGGAUGGGAUCUCUUGGAAGUGCGUGAAUGUAUUCCGUCGACGGCCUCCCACCUACGGCAAUCGCUUAACUUGAAGAGCACCAAAAUUCGCACAUUGCGGCGGCCAUCUACGGCCCAUAGGACUUGCAGGAUAGAACUGGUAUUUUUUUGUUUUUUUGUACGAAGAUGAAUAAGUUAUUGGAUUAUAUUGUGCUUGAGGCGCUCACUUCAUCUUGCUCGCGACAUAAUGCAUCUUCUAAGUUCGUUUUGUGCAGAAUAUGACGAACCUCUUUUCCAAUUUAGUGCGCCAUAUAGUACAAGAACACAAAAGCGAAAAGGUCUCCCGGAAAGUGAAGAAUAAGCGACUUUAAUUCUAUCAACAAUGGGUGUGGGCCCGUCGAAGCUUUGGCGGGUGCUCACCCUCGCAGAAAUGUUGAGCAGCGUGCGUUUUGUAUCCUACGCGGUAGACCAGCGCGAGCGGCGUGCGCUGCGUGGCAGACCAAAUUCUUCGGCGUUUCUUUUAAGGCUGUAGAAAAACCAUCUUCGCCGCAUUCCUGAAAGCUUGACUAUGGGACCAAGCAUUUUUCUUACUGAAGAGGUUAGAGGCGUGCGCCUUUAAGGUGAAAAGCCUGCUUUUUGGCGGCUUUGCCACACUUUCAAACGGUGGCGCCAACGCCGGACCGCCGUGGCCGCAAAACGCGGGCCGGCGUCGUGUCGUGGUUCUUAGCGGUGACUGGCUGGGCUGGACUCUCUUUUCUGCGUCAUUGAGUUCGGGGAUUCAGUGGCGCAGGCGUCUGGCAGCGGGGGCGGUGGCGCGCAGACGCCUGGCGACGUUGCCGCAAAAUCGGGCCGGCGUCGUGUCGAUGCUCUUGGCUGUGAGUCAUUAGUUGGGCCGGCCUCGCCGGCCUAUGUCAAAAGCUGCAACACAAUGGCGCCAGCGCAUGAGAGCGCGGCCGCCGCGGCAAUUUUUGAUGACGUCGCGUCGGCGUCAGUUCUUGGCCCUCGAUCGCUGGCUGGGCUGUCCUCCCCUUUCAUUCCAUGUCAGGGGUGGGGAUAGCGUGGCGCCUGCCUCUUUGUUCUCUGUCAAGUUCCUUCGGGCUGGUAUGGGACGAGGGGUGGCUCGUGAGCUGCUUCGCGCUGGUAGUGGUGCGGUGGGAUGGGUAUUUUGACGGCUCCGGGCUGUCAGUGGUGAGAGGGGUUCGGGCUGAUCGUGGGGAGAUUGGUGAAGCGGGUUCGGGUGGGCAGUGGGGGGAAAAGCUUGGCGGCAGUUGGUGAGGAAGCGGCGUGGCCAGUAAGUAAUGCGUGGAACAGGGUUCCAGUAGUUGCAGCCCGCCGCACAUUGUUGGACGCGCAGCCGCUUGCCCAUAGGUGUGCGAGCUACGCGCAAGGAACCGAGGGCCAGCCAUAGCGCCCAACAGGAAUCAAUGAGCUCUAAGACAUGGGGGAAACACAUACAGCAGAAGAGGACUAGCGGAUGCAUGAGGGGGCAGCGCAUGUGGUGGCUGAGCUGCUUGCCAUGUGAGGGGUUCGGGGCAUGCGGGGCGCCAGUCGUUAGAGCUGAGAGCUAAGGCCCUCCUUGCAUCUAUUUACCCCCCUGAAGUUCGCGCAAAUUUGGGAAGGGUUUCCUCCUUUGUCAGGCGUUUUUAGGAGGAACCGCCUCGAGCUUUUCAGGCUCUCGGUCUGUGGCCUCUUAUUCGUUUCUGAACCUGUUCGGGCUUUGCGUAGUUUGUUUGGUAGUUUUCGGGCGUGGUUCGUGCUUUUGUUUUCUGCCUCUCAGCGUGCGCUUUGGUGGGCUUUUUCUGGUGUCAUUGGGCUGGCUUUGGCUUGGGGUAGGGGGUUUUCUCUUUGUUCGUUGUGGCAUGAGAGUGAUCCAUCGGGGGCAAGCUUUGGCUGCCGCUCGUGGGAAGGGCGUGGAGGGUUGUCUUUUGUGUAGGUUUUCAGUCGUGGGAUGCCUCAGGCAGGUGAGCGGCACAAGGAUGGGCGCCUGGGGUGCGGUAAGUCGGGGCGAAGUCUUCAGGCGGGGCGCUUUCUGCGUGUUUGUUUCUUGGUCUUUUCCCUCUCUGUUUUCAGCUUGGUCGGGGGCUUCUUGGCAGGCGGCCGCGACUGUGCCAGGGGUGGGCCGGUGGUCAGUGCCGUGGGGAGUGUGGGGCGCUUUUAGUGGUUGAGCGCGCCAGAGAAUCCUCAAAGUGUUCAGCUGGCUUGCUUCUGAAGAGGUCGCAGCCGAAGUCGUUUCUUUUUGUUGGUGGUAGAAAAUUGGCGCUGCCGCUUUUUGUUUUAAAAACGUGAGCCAAAAGCCUUCGCCAUGUCAUUGGGGAAGACUAAAGUGGGCGUGGGCGCUUCUUGUCUUUAUUUGUUGUCUGUAGUCGGUUGAGAGUGUGACACUGUCACUGUUACCUUUUUGGCAACAUCUAGGCACUUUUUGCGCUUCUUUUUCGCUUGUUUCUAGUGCUGUCCCGCGACCUUCGGGCCGGGCCUUGUUGGUUUUUGGCGCGAUCUGACUGAGGGUUGCGGAAUUUAUUUUAAAAGAUACGCUAGAAGUUCCUUACCCAGAAAAUGCAGAAAAAUGAGUAGGCAAAUGAAAUAGGGCAAAGAUUGCCAGCGGGCUUGGUUUUGGUAGUGUUCUCUCAGUAGAGAGUUUUCCGACCAGAAAUAGAGGAAGUUGCUCGUCUGAAAGAGGGGCGCCUUCCUUUGAAAGCUUGACGCUUUUGAUUUAAGCUGUCUGCCUUAGUGAUUCAGUUACAGCGCGUCCCUACUACUGACGCACGCCGUGGCUGUUCGUGUCUUCUUUGAUUACCUGCCCUCCAUGGUUCAAUCCUUGAGCCUCAGAAAAUUCUGGAGCUAGUGGGGGGGCUGGCGUGUGGUCUUCGGCAAGCGGCUUCUUGGUGGUGUGCUGGGCUCGUGUCUCCAUACGAUACCAAACCACACCGAUAAAAGUUACGAAUGUUAUUAGCUGAACCUGAAGCGUUUCACUAUAUCGGUGGCUGCGUACUAUUUACGGCUUCACAAGCAACGCGCGGGAUCAAUCUAAGGGGGACGCUAGGCACUAACCUCGUAGGCAGGUCGCUCCUUCGCAUCAUGUAGCUGGGGCUCUUUCUUGGUCGUAUCUAUUGGGCGCAUUUCUUGGCACUCGUUUCACUCUAAACAAUUCCUUCGAAAGACCUUGCUGGGAUCGACUGGCCGACGAAGCUACGCGCUGCCGGUGGAGCUGCUGGCGGGGGGAGUUGUAUCCUGCCGUGACACUACCGAAAGACUUCGCACCCACGGUGAUUACGUAGAACAGUCUAGAGCUUUCGGGUGAAAAUAUCGCGGGCGUGUUUCGUUCUUUGCUUUUUAUCUCAUGAAGACCUUGCUGAUAUUGGCGGCCUUUUUGGGUGUGUGAGUUUCUAGCCCAUAUCUUCGCCGCGACUGUUGCCAGCAUGGUGGCCAAGCGUGGCGGCCUAUCAAUGUGCUCAAGAAGGUAUCUCCUUGCUUACGAAUUGCGGCUGCGGAGAGAGUGAGAGACGAGGAGUGAGCGCAAAAGCACGCUCACCACCCAGUUGGCACGGCGCCCGUUGGCUUUUGCCUCAGGGAGGACCUCUAGAGGAAUGGGCCACCGACUUCGAGCUUCAAAAUUGCCGCACAAAAGUCGCACGAUGGCAAGGGCUUGAGCUAUAUUGUGGCGCUUUUGCAAUGGGUGAGACGAGAGUGAGAGAAGCAAGGCGACAGGGGCCGUAUCCUCAGUGGUUGGGCCUCAGACUCUCCCUCCCUUUCUGAUUUGGCUUGGUCGUUGUUUGCAAAUUGUAACCCGAUAAAGCGAGCGCGUGGCCCGUCCUUACUCAUUUCUGAUCCAUUCUCUCAUAGUGGUCCACGUGCUGACACGCAUUGCGUGGCCCUCUAGUCUACAGCUUGGACUUCUGUCGAUGUGCGUGGUGGCUGCUAUACGAAACUCAGCGGCAAUUUCUUUGCCGGCCUUUAUGCCCGAGCGGUGGCUAAUCAUUCAAGGGCAGAAAUUUCCAAUAGCUGGCUGCGUGUGAAGGCUGCAGCAGAUGGGGCGCCUGCGAUCUCGAUUGAUCUAGCAAAGAAGUUGCUACUUCAUAAGCCGGGGCACCGGCUGGACCUAUAACCUAUACCCAUGCAUGCUAACGGCCCUCAGAUUCUUAAAAAUUGAAAAACACUCCCAGGCGACUAGUUGAAAAAGCCGCGAGCUUAGUACUGGGGGUGGGGUUUGUAGUGGUGGCAGAUAUAUUUUCUGUCUGAUGUGUUUCUUCUCGUUUUCGGCUUGGCAUAAGCUACCUGAUCACCACAGUGGGCCCUCUGACUCUGUACGACUUCCAUAGAGUUGCGAGUAAAGACUCGCCUCCUUCUUGGGGUGAGAUUUGUGACAAGUAUGGAGUCGGGCGCCCUUGUUGGCUUACUUUUCCAAACCAGCCGGAAUUGUUUUGAGUCAAGGCUCCCACACCGCUGGCAAAGUUUUGGGGCAUAGACUGCAGCAUGUAAGACAGGCCUACCAUACAACUUGAUACCAGCCAAGUUCUUUGGUGUCAAGAGUAGCCACCUGCGCAAGACCAUUGACAUCGCAGGAACCGGCGCCACGUCUGGGCAUACCCAUCGCGCCAGGGACGACUACAGAGGCAGGGCCGGCCUGGGUUCUUUGGUAAUAAGUAUGACGCACCAGCGUCAUACUGUUAAGAGACAAGUAGCAUCGUUAUGGCUGCUGCUCAUGUUAUCAGCAUACGCAGGAAUGCGGAGAAAGUGAAGGAAUUGGGAUGGGGUUUAUUGUUGUGCGCUGUUUCGUGUCAGAUGAAAGCUGCCAGGUAGUACUAGUUGCGCCUGGACUUAUGGCGUUUGCCGUUUUCUCAAGGCGUUUACUCCUUGGGCCGUUUUUUUAAAAACUAUUCUUACUCGGUCUAUCGUAUGGGCAUAACCUCCCAGACCUUCGAAAAACGCGGGCGCAUCACGUUCACGGUGAUCGGGUACACGCCUGCAGGGCUUCGCGUCUUUGCUUGCGUCUUUGUGGAAGGCACCAAGGUGGGAACAGUGGCGCACACUCUCUGGGACGUUGUCAAGCGUUGCCCCGUUGGCACGGUCGUCCUCGAUGUUGGUCGCGUGUGUUGCAAGCACUUGGCAGGGGACCGACGGACCGGCGGGGGAGUGGGUCCGCCAGGAGUGGGACUAUAGACACAGACCACCUGCGCCGAGUCUUCGUGGCUGGCCGGCUUUUCUCUAUUAAGCUGCACCGCUUUCACCUAUUCAAGCGGCCCCGCACCGGGGCGGGCAUUUCUUGCAAGCUCGCGGGCACGUUUUUGCACCUGGUCGGCGAGGUUCUGAGCAAGGACGGCGCGCGCGUGGUGGGGGGGGAGGCUGUUCUGCUCUUCUCUCAGUAUGAGCAUUUUGGGCACACCGGUCGGCCUCUCUUUACUUAGUAGCAAGAUGCCAGGGGUUUUUGCGUCUUUCAUCGGACACAUUUGGGCGGGAUGCGUUCAGGACACUGAUUUAGUCUGACAGUGCCAAC